UCCUUUCUGUUAUGCAUGAUGCAUUUUGAAUCACAGUAUCGGAGCAGAGAGGUGUAUGAACUACAAAAUAUCAAACCAGCAUUGUUAGAUGAUAUUGCCGUUGUUCAUUCUAGAUCUUAUAUCCAUGGCCUUGAGAAGGCCAUGUCUAAGGCAAUGGAUGAAGGCAUCAUCUUCAUUGAUGGAUCUGGUCCUACCUAUGCUACUGAAACUACUUUUGAAGAAUCACUCAUUGCAGCUGGUGCAGGGAUUUCCUUGGUUGAUGCUGUGGUUGAAGCUUCAAUGGUCAACUACAAUCCACCUAUAGGAUUUGCCUUAAUAAGGCCUCCUGGUCAUCAUGCAGUUCCAAAAGGACCCAUGGGAUUUUGUGUCUUUGGAAAUAUUGCAGUGGCUGCACGUCAUGCUCAACGGGUGCAUGGAUUACAGCGGGUUCUUAUAAUUGAUUUUGAUGUUCACCAUGGUAAUGGUACUUGUGAUGCAUUUUAUGACGAUCCAGAUAUAUUCUUCAUUUCCACUCAUCAGGAUGGUAGCUAUCCUGGUACUGGAAAGAUGGAACAGGUUGGUCAAGGAAGUGGUGAAGGAGCAACUCUCAACUUGCCUCUACCUGGAGGGUCAGGAGAUAGUUCUAUGAGAUCAGUAUUUGAUGAAGUCAUUGUUCCUUGUGCCCAAAGAUUUAAGCCUGAUAUAAUUCUUGUUUCAGCUGGCUAUGAUGCACAUGCUUUGGACCCAUUGGCUGGAUUGCAAUUUACAACCGGAACCUACUACAUGCUAGCAUCAAAUAUAAAGCAACUUGCAAAGGAGCUGUGUCAUGGACGCUGUGUAUUCUUCCUAGAAGGUGGAUACAAUCUCGGAUCUCUGUCUAAUUCCGUCGCGGACACUUUCCGAGCGUUCCUGGGCGAACCAAGUUUGGCUUCCCAAUUUGAUGAUCCAACAAUGCUUUACGAAGAACCAUUGUUGAGAGUGCAAAAGGCAAUUCAGAAGGUCAAACACAUACAUUGUCUUUAAACAUAUUGGAAUUGCUCGUGUAGCUAUUCAAACUUUGUAAGUUCAUUGCAAAGUAGCUUUCAGUUGUAAAAUUGAGAAAUGCAUCAUUUAAAACAACAAAAGCAUUUCUGAAGUUGAACAAGAUACAAUUUCACACAUGAUGAUACCAAGUCAAUUCCUUAACAAAAAUCUAACUUAUGUUCA